ACGCUGCAGGAACCAUGAGCUCCACGGAAGGGCCAAGCUUCCAGUCAGGGCUGCUUUCAGGUGGCGCCUCCCCAAGCUGUGAUGAGGGCUUCUUUCCCUUUGUGCUGGAGCGGCGGGAUUCAUUCCUGGGAGGGGGCCCAGGGCCCCAGGAACACGAGGACCUGGCCCUGCAGCUGCAGCAGAAGGAGAAAGACUUACUAUUGGCUGCAGAGCUUGGCAAGAUGCUUCUGGAGCGCAAUGAGGAGCUGCAACAGCAGCUGGAAAUGCUGAGCACCGAGCACUCUGAGCGGGAGGAACGGCUGCAGCAGGAAAACCAUGAGCUCCGCCAGCGCCUGGCAGCACGAGGAGCUGAGUGGGAGGCCAGGGCUGUGGAACUGGAGGGAGACAUGGAGGCUCUGCGGGCCCAACUUGGGGAACAGCGCUCAGAGCAUCAGGACAGCGGGCGAGAGCGUGCACAGGCCCUCAGUGAACUCAGCGAGCAGAACCUACGACUCAGCCAGCAACUGGCCCAGGCCUCUCAGACUGAGCAGGAGCUUCAGAAGGAACUAGAUGGCCUUCGGGAGCAGUGCCACACCCAGACCCUGGCCAGGGCAGAACUGAGGACACGCCUGGAGAGUCUACAGGGGGAGAACCAGAUGCUGCAGAGUCGCCGGCAGGACUUGGAAGCCCAGAUCCGAAGCCUGCGUGAGGAGGUGGAGAAGGGCCAGGGCAGGCUACAGGCAACCCAUGAGGAGUUGUUGCUACUGCGGCGUGAGAAGAGGGAGCAUAGCUUGGAGCUGGAAUGUGCACGCUCCGAGGCCAGGGAGGCACUGAGCACACUGCGGAGGCUGCAGCAGCGAGUCUCAGAGCUGGAGGAGGAGUCGCGCCUCCAGGAAGCUGACACAUCCGGGGCCUCGCUGCAGUCAGAGCUCGCCCAUAGCCUUGACAGCGACGAGGACCAGAACCAGAACGCAGAUGGCCACAAAGACGCCCUGACCAUUCUGUCCCCGAAGACCCAGGAGGCAUCCAGUCACCAGCCUUCACAACAGGAGAGCCUGGAGCCUCCCAAGAAGAGAGCUUCCCUGAGCCCAGGGGAGAUACUGGAAAAGGAGAUGGAAGUGGCCCAGCUGCAGGAGGAGGUCGAGUUGCAGCGGACAGAGCUACAGUCCUUGCGGGAGGAGCUGCAAAGGCAGAAGGAGUUGCGGGAGCUGGAGGACCCCAAGGAGGCCUUAAGUUGCGCCCUCUCAGACCGGGAGGAGGCUGUGAACAAGGCCCUGGAACUGUCCCUGGAGCUCAGCCGCGUCUCUCUGGAGCGGGACUCCCUCUCCCAGGAGUUGCUCCGCACCAUACGCCAGAAGGUGGCGCUGACCCAAGAGCUGGAGGCCUGGCAGGACGACAUGCAGGUGGUGAUUGGGCAGCAGCUGCGCUCCCAACGCCAGAAAGAACUGCUGGAAGCGGAAUCCACCCCGCAACGCCACAUGCCCCGCUUCUUGCUGCGCAGGGGCCCUGGGCCUGACAGUGGCUUCUUCAGCAACCUCUUCCGAAAGACCUGA